CGGAGUUCUGGGAGAGUGUGGAGCUGAUUUGCAGCAGGGUUUAAAAUGGCCUUAAAGGAGAUUUCAAGCAACAAGUGUUUUGAGGGAUUCCAAAAGGUGUUUGAACAUGACAGCACUGAACUGAAAUGCAAGAUGAAGUUUGGAAUUUAUUUGCCUCAGAAAGCUGAAAGCACAAAAUGUCCUGUUGUUUACUGGCUUUCAGGAUUAACAUGUACAGAGCAAAAUUUUAUCACAAAAGCAGCUUUUCAUCAAGCUGCCUCAGAGCAUGGACUUAUCAUUGUAGCACCUGAUACCAGCCCACGUGGCUGCAAUAUAGAUGGAGAAGAGGAGAGCUGGGAUUUUGGUACAGGAGCUGGCUUCUAUGUCAAUGCCACUGAAGAUAUUUGGAAAACAAACUACAGAAUGUAUUCAUAUGUAGUAGAUGAGCUUCCACAUCUUAUAAAUGGUAAUUUCCCAGCGGAUCCAGAUCGGGCCUCCAUUUUUGGCCAUUCUAUGGGAGGGCAUGGUGCAUUAAUCUGUGCGCUAAAAAACCCAGGGAAAUAUAAGACCGUGUCAGCAUUUGCACCCAUCUGUAAUCCCAUUCAGUGCCCGUGGGGCCAAAAAGCAUUCAGCGGCUACCUGGGACCAGACACCGGCAAAUGGGAGGCAUAUGAUGCAACCCAACUGGUGAAGAAUUAUUCUGGCCCAAAACUGGAUAUAUUAAUUGAUCAAGGAAAAGAUGACCAGUUCCUCGCUGCCGGCCAGUUACUGCCAGACAACUUCAUUGCCGCUUGCACAGAGCGCAAGAUCCCCGUUGUUUUUAGGCUGCAAGAGGGAUAUGAUCACAGCUACUUCUUUAUCACCACUUUCAUAAAUGAUCACAUCAAGCACCAUGUGAAAUAUCUUCAUGCCUGAGAUGAGGGAAUGAUCAAGGUUUGAGUUGAUAGUAUCGAACCACAACAGGUUUAUUCUGCCAUACAAUUAAAUUGCCAUUUAGUACAAUGAA